CAUGUUUGGUUGCUUUGUUGUAGGCUUCUACAAGGUUUCCUACAGAAUUAGUAAGUGUGGAAAUGGAGCCGAGCUGGAGUACGUUUCUUUUCCAACAGGCCAAUGAAGCCCUCCACCACCAGCACCAUGUGGCCCAGAACAGCCUGCUGCCACUGCUGAAUGCAGGAACUGAACAAAUCGACCAGAAGCCUAUCCUGCCUAUCCAAAUAGACCAGAAGCCCCCUUCCAGUGCCGCUGAGCUACUCAAAGACAAUGUGGCCAGCGGAGGAGGUGCACGGCCACCAGUGCCUGUGAUAAAGAAAGAACACAAAGGCAAAACGCCGUUUGUCUGCGGCUACUGCAACAAGGCCUUCCGUGACAGCUACCACCUGCGACGCCAUGAGUCCAGCCACACCGGUAUUAAGAUGGUGUCGCGGCCAAAGAAGACUGCCCAGACAGCUCCCACCAUGGUACCCAUGAUCUCCACCAUGCCACGAGAGAACAACGGCAACCCUUCCUACAUCUCCACGGUAGCAGGCAUCCUCUCCACAGCGACAACCUCAGUUUCCUCAGGCACAAGUAUCAUGACAUCAUCCGCAAUGGGCAAUGUGCCGCAGCAAAACGUCCCCAAGAAACCCGCCAAACCCGUCAAGAAAAACCACGGCUGUGAGAUGUGUGGCAAGGCAUUUCGUGAUGUCUACCACCUGAAUCGCCACAAGUUGUCUCAUUCAGACGAGAAGCCGUUCGAGUGCCCCAUUUGUCAGCAACGCUUUAAAAGGAAGGACCGAAUGACCUACCAUGUUCGCUCUCAUGAUGGGGGAGUCCACAAGCCCUAUGUAUGUUCUGUAUGUGGGAAAGGCUUUUCAAGGCCAGACCACUUGAGCUGCCAUGUGAAGCAUGUGCAUUCUUCAGAAAGACCGUUUAAAUGUCAAGUAACGGCCUGUACCUCUGCUUUCGCCACCAAAGACAGACUGCGUUCCCACAUGAUCAGGCACGAAGGCAAGGUCACCUGUAGCAUCUGCGGGAAGAUGCUCAGCGCAGCCUACAUCACCAGCCACCUGAAGACUCACGGACAGACCAACUUUAACUCCUGUAACAAAGAGGGUAACGGAGUCUGCAAUUCUUCCUCAGCCACACCUGUGACCAUUUCCGCCCCUAUCACCACAGCGAUGAACCGAGGCCACUCCAACAACCCCGUCACUAUAGCCGCACAAAUGAACAUUAGCACCAACACGGUCAACAUCACAUCUCCCAUCAGCCUCCAGCACCCAGUCACCAUCACCGGGCCCGUCAACAUCGCCUCCGUCAACAUCCCCGCCACGGCGCCCAUGAAUAUCGCCCACCCAGUCGCAAUAACGACCCCCAUGCCUAUGAAUAUGGCCGGGCCGCUCAACAUCGCCAUGAGGCCAGUGGAUAGCAUGCCUUUUCUGUCCCAAGUCUUGCCUUCUUCCCCACCUUGGUAAGAAAAAGAAAAACAACGGAGAGAGGGAGCAGUGAACUGGCCAGAAAGAAAGGGAAAAUGAAGUGAAACAAGAGACUCCUGUCCUCGUUAUUUGCACCUCGAGCCCUGCUCUUUCUCCCCUCCGGAACCAUGUUUACUUACCCCGAAGUGAAUAUUUACAUGAGCUGUGCGGCCGGUAGGAGCUGCCCAAGUCACAGCUGCGUCCCGACUAAUAAGUGACUGAGAUGCAGAACACUUGAGUAGAAAUCGAGUAGGGUGUACCUUGAAAUCAGGACAGCCGAUAAGACUUAGUGUAGUCAGUUAGAAUGAUGAAACUGUGAUUUGUAUAACGAGAGGAGAGGAUUUCUCAAGCACCCCUUGAGGACUCGGUAGAAAAAAAACACACCUGUGCUUUUGUUAAAGGGAGACGAGGAAUGGACUGAAGCAAUAACAAUAAAUUGCUGUUUUUGAUGUUUUACAAGUUCUCUCCCAAAGCCUCUGGGUGUUACUUUGUAUGUUUUUUGUUUUUUUUAUAAUUAUAGCCUGCUAAUCACUAUUUAAUGUUAUAGGAAAUGAGUCUAGUAAAAGGGACAGCAGCUUCCAUUUGCAUGGAAGAAUAUUUUUUCACAUAGCUUUCUUUUCAAAUAGUAGAUAUGCUCUUGAGGUACAGUGACUAACUUGUACAGUUGACAUAGUAAUGUAUUUUCAUGUCAGCAUUUAAAUUUAUUUUUUUUUGCUUUCAUCACUCAAGCUGGCGUCUCGGCGCCGUCCGCUUGACAAUGAAAUACUUUGUUUUCUGUCGGUAUGGAAACACAAAGGUUUUGUUUUUAUUUGCCUAUUUGUAGUGUUAUUAUUUUCCAUGAAGUCAGAGUGGAAUGAGUCUUGCACUGAAAGCAUAUCCUACACACAGGUGAGCAGCAGUAUUAUCUAAGAUCAAAUUGGAGUCUUAAGUGUUUUGGUUAGCCAGCCUGCACUUGAGGGCCAUCUAGUGGCUGAACACAGAAAGGCCUGGCCUUGUAGUGAAGCUUUUUCAGGCUGUUACCGUCAUCAUAAUGGUGACUUAUUAGUUUUGUCUGACUCUUCUAUACACUGUUAUUAUUAUUAAUUUUUUAAAAAUCAUUUAUCUGUGAUUGCCCCAAGAUGAUACUAAGGACCCUUCACUCAGGAAACACACAUAAAAGCCCAUUACACAUUUUUAAAUUGAGUACCAUGAUUUUGAAUCUCUCCAUGUUGCUUUUUUUUAGAUUUCCUAUAUCAUUUGGCAUUGUGGUGUUAAAAGAUUUCCAUCAAGAGGUGCGAGAAUUAUUGAUUUUAAACAGCCGUCCAUUUAAAUAAUCAUUUCCUGUGCAAUGGCAUACACGCUGUACCUUUUUUGAAGUUCAGCUCAGGCUGCACGUUUAUGUGGCUGAGUUUGAUGAAAAUGCAAGUUUGUGUCCAUUGAAAUAAUGGGACAAGAUUGAUGUUGCAUGACCCCGAACACUGUAGCUGUUGAACAUUAAGUCUUUUUUUAAUGAAUGCCAUGUUAUCUCAACAGUGUUGCAGCUCUUUUGAGCUGAUUCAGUUGAUACUGAAAAAUGCAAUAUGCAUGUGUGUCAUUUUUCCCAAGUUUUGUUUGAAACAAAAAAAAUAUUAGUGUAGCUUUUUUUCUUUGUUCUUAUGCAUUUACGUAGAGACACUAUGAUAGCCUGUUUGCCAAAUUUGAUACAAUAAUAAUGUGAUAAAAACUGAAAGUUUCUGGUGGAAUUGAACAUCUCUUUAUUUUUUAGAAAGAAAAACAAAUAAUUGGAAAUUCCAGGACCCUUGUGAAAGCAGUUGAAUGUAUAUCUUUGUACAAAACUAUUUUAGUUCCAAGGACAUGGUAGUUACAAUAGAUGUGAAAAAUAAGAUAACCUUUUUUAUAAAUCUUUUGUAUUAGAACAUUAACAAUGGUAAUUUUGUAUAUAUGAGAGGCUAGGCUUUCUGAUUAGCAGAAAGGUCAAACAUUCCUACAUUUUUUUUAAAUGUAUGUUUGUCAAAUUAUUACAUAAACAUGCGCAAUGUUAUGUGCCUUUUAUUUGGGUUGUCUAAAUAAAAGAAAACUAUCAAA